CCAAACGGCUGCUCCGCACCAACGCCUGGCAGAGCCACUAUCAGCAAACCUGUCCCCUCAUCAGACGUCACCGCUGUCAGCAAGACUGUCACCUCAUCGGACGUCACCGCUGUCCGCAAACCUGUCACCUCAUCAGACGUCACCGCUGUCCGCAAACCUGUCACCUCAUCAGACGUCACCGCUGUCAGCAAACCUGUCACCUCAUCGGACGUCACUGCUGUCCGCAAACCUGUCCCCUCAUCAGACGUCACUUCUGUCAGCAAACCUGUCCCCUCAUCAGACGUCACCGCUGUCCGCAAACCUGUCACCUCAUCAGACGUCACCACUGUCCGCAAACCUGUCACCUCAUCAGACGUCACCGCUGUCAGCAAACCUGUCACCUCAUCAGACGUCACCGCUGUCCGCAAACCUGUCACCUCAUCAGACGUCACCACUGUCCGCAAACCUGUCACCUCAUCAGACGUCACCGCUGUCAGCAAACCUGUCACCUCAUCAGACGUCACUGCUGUCCGCAAGACUGUCCCUUCAUCAGACGUCACUUCUGUCAGCAAACCUGUCACCUCAUCAGACGUCACCGCUGUCAGAAAACCUGUCACCUCAUCGGACGUCACUGCUGUCAGCAAACCUGUCCCCUCAUCAGACGUCACUGCUGUCCGCAAGCCUGUCCCCUCAUCAGACGUCACCGCUGUCCGCAAACCUGUCACCUCAUCAGACGUCACCACUGUCCGCAAACCUGUCACCUCAUCAGACGUCACCGCUGUCAGCAAACCUGUCACCUCAUCAGACGUCACUGCUGUCCGCAAGACUGUCCCUUCAUCAGACGUCACUUCUGUCAGCAAACCUGUCACCUCAUCAGACGUCACCGCUGUCAGAAAACCUGUCACCUCAUCGGACGUCACUGCUGUCAGCAAACCUGUCCCCUCAUCAGACGUCACUGCUGUCCGCAAGCCUGUCCCCUCAUCAGACGUCACCGCUGUCCGCAAACCUGUCACCUCAUCAGACGUCACCACUGUCCGCAAACCUGUCACCUCAUCAGACGUCACCGCUGUCAGCAAACCUGUCACCUCAUCAGACGUCACUGCUGUCCGCAAGACUGUCCCCUCAUCAGACGUCACUUCUGUCAGCAAACCUGUCACCUCAUCGGACGUCACUGCUGUCCGCAAACCCGUCACCUCAUCAGACGUCACCGCUGUCCGCAAACCUGUCACCUCAUCAGACGUCACCACUGUCCACAAACCUGUCACCUCAUCAGACGUCACCGCUGUCCGCAAACCCGUCACCUCAUCAGACGUCACCGCUAUCCACAAACCUGUCACCUCAUCGAACUUCACCGCUGUCCACAAACCUGUCACCUCAUCAGACGUCACCGCUAUCCACAAGACUGUCACCUCAUCGAACUUCACCGCUGUCCGCAUGCCUGGCGCCUGCUGCUACCUUUAUCAUCAUAGACAAAAACAUGAAGCAUCCGUGAACGAGCGAGCAGUCGGACGGCGUUGCGGGAUCAGCGCGUGUGCUGGAUUUGUUUUUAUCUCCUUCCUCCUUCUCAUUGUCCAGAGCUUCACAAGUUCGCGUCCGGUAGGCCUCUUGACGCACGUAGCUUCUGUACGCAUCUCCCAAGACGAGGGCGGUUGA